CAGAGCCGGAGGGUCCUGCUCGGAGGGCCGCGGUGAUUGGUCGCCCGGGUACGUGUGUGCAGGCAGCGCAGCCUGUCCGUUUGAAUGUGCCGAGGACUGGAGGGGAUCAUUUCCAUGGACCAUCUGUCUCACUGGCUGCGCACACAACAAAGAAGGACCCAGGAUGGUGUUAGUACAUGUUGGAUAUCUGGUUCUGCCCGUCUUCGGCUCAGUUAGAAACAGAGGAGCACACUUCACGAGGCAUCAGCACAGCCAUGCUACCUCCUGCCGACACUUUCACCUGGGCGCUCCCCAGGCGCCCAUCUCAGCCGAGUUCCCUCUGGGACACGGCAGCCAGCCGCCGCAGACAGGCCUGGCCACCCACCUGCCCCCCGCACACCAUCCGCCCCUCACUGCCCUGCCUGCACCCCCUCAGUUCCAGGAUGUGCCGGGGCCUUCAUUCCUACCUCAGGCCUUACACCAGCAAUACCUCAUCCAACAGCAGCUCCUUGAAGCGCAGCAUCGCAGGAUUCUCCCACACUCCAGAAGAACCCAGGAGCGUAUCCCCCUGAACCCUCAUCGACUGCGUUCCGGCUUCGAGUACUCCCCUCCCCUCCAUGUUCCCCAGCCAAUGACACAGCAGCCUCGGUACCUGGCCGAAGGCACUGACUGGGAUCUCAGCGUUGAUGCUGGCCUCCCUCACCAUCAGUACCAGCUCCAGCAGCUGCCGCAGCACUAUCAGCAUUACCUGGCCUCCCCUCGAAUGCACCACUUCCCCAGGAACACAUCCUCUGCACAAGUGGUUGUGCAUGAAAUCAGAAACUACCCGUACCCCCAGCUACAUCUGUUGGCCCUGCAAAGUCUGAAUCCGUCGAGGCAUGCCACUGCUGUGCGGGAAAGUUACGAGGAGCUGUUGCAGUUGGAGGACCGACUGGGGAGCGUCAACAGAGGAGCUGUUCAGACCACUAUAGAGAGAUUCACCUUUCCACACAAAUACAAGAAGAGAAAGCCCCUGCAGCUGAAGAUUGGGGAGGAGGAGGAAACAGAUGUGGAUGAGAAAUGUACCAUCUGUCUGUCCAUGUUGGAGGACGGAGAGGACGUCAGGAGAUUACCCUGCAUGCACCUCUUCCACCAGGGCUGCGUGGACCAAUGGCUGGCCACCAGCAGGAAGUGUCCAAUCUGUCGGGUUGACAUCGAAACACAGCUGAACCCUGACUGCUGAUGAGCUUCGACUAACCCCCGUGAUUUGAUCACCCUCGUGUGGUUCCUGCUUCUUCUUCCACCCCGGCCCGCCGGCCGUCCCUCCACCCCUCACCUCCGUUGGGUGCUUUGCCAAAUGUCUCCAGACUUCAUGUGACAUCACCACCCUUCUGACUCACGCUUUACUGAGCCAAGCCAGGAUAACUAACUGCACGAGAGGCCGCAACGGACUCUCUUUAUAUAGAAGCACAUCCCCCUGGAAGCAAAAGACACGCAAAAACACACACAUACUCAUGUACACAGGGUUUACUUGUAGCUUGCUGGUCGUAAGUGGGGUGUUGUCGCUGUUGUGGUGUCGUACUGUAGGUAGCCCUGGGCUGUGUAGCAUGUUCUCAAAGCCAUGACUUAACGUCCUGAGAGUGGAAAAACGCAUAACCCCACACUGAGCUGGCUACUUCUCUCUCUUUUCUCUCUCUCUUUCUAUACAUAUAUAUAAAUACAUAUAUAUUUCUCUCUUUUCAAACACAGUCAAAAUGAAUAUUCUGCCACACAAGGAAGCUUAACAGAAACUAAACGCUCUGAUGCCAUGUUUACCUAAAGAUCAUUUGUGGUCGUAGUAGAGUAGCAGUAACCAACAAGUGAUAUCUGGUGCACUGUCGCCUUCUCGGGGGCCAAGCGCCAGCUAGCUGAGUGUUUUACUUCUAUCAUGCAGCUUUGACAUUUUGCAAUACAGUUGUACAUUUACUUUGGGUUGGUGUCAUGUGAGAUGGUGUCAUGUGAGUAGGUCUCUUUCACUGCCGUACAAACCGAAGCCAGUGAUCGAGUUGUUUUUUGUGUUUCAAAUUUAAAAAGGUAACAAAAAAAAAGGUAGAAAGUGUUUUACCAAAAUGCAUUUUGUCACAGUGUAGCUUGAAUCUGCACACAGGUUUCAUAUGUGUGUGUGUGUGAGUGUGUGUGUGUGAUUCUCUGCCCUGCUGUGUGAGACUUAAAGAAUGUGUCUAACAAAUGUGUGUUAAAGUGACUGAGUGCGUUUCAAGGGUUAGAGGCGACACCAAGUCUUUAACUCGGCGUAGGUUAAUAGCAUGGCCACUGGAGUGCUUAUACAACACAAAGCCAAAAAAAAAGGGAUGAAAAGACUUCUAUCAUGCACUGCAGAGCGAGGUGGGAGGAUUUAGCGGCCCUUGUACCUGCAUUUCAUCUGGCGCGGGGCCAGUGGCAGAACAGUGUGUACUAAAAAUGCAUGUUUCAUUGUGGACUUGGGCUGUUUGCUUCAGUAGCGUUACUUCAGUUUAAAACGGUACAGAGACGCCUGUGCAUGACUUAGUUAAUCUGAGCUGUGACUAUCUUCUCAACACUAACAAACAAACAAAAAAAGUCAGUCAGUGGUUGCUCCCCUGACUCGUAGCGUGUGUUCAUCCUGUCCCCUUCGGUGGCAACGAUGGGAUCCUCUUUUUGAUGUUUACCUUAUUGCCUAAAGAACAAGCACAUGUGACAAUAGUUAUAGCAACAAAACGUUUUUUCCUUCGGUAUUAUAUUUGGUUUAUAUUUAGGUAUAGAUUCAUGCAGUGUUUCAGCUGGGAGAGGAGCUUGCGUAUUGAUCUUGUGUAUUCCGUGUGACAGACCUCCCCUCGUGGUUGCUAUGCUGGUUGCUAUGCUGUAUUGCUAGAACAUGUAGAACGUGGUGCGACGGAGGCAGCCUCCCUCUCACAGUGCACAUAGACGCGAGACGACACGACAGCAGGGAAACAGUCAGGCUGUUAAAAAGAGUCGACUGCUUCACUCACUCACUCUCUGCCACUUCUUUUUUUCCCCCUCCUUUUCUUUUAUCACUCUUUGUGUCGGCUUGUCACUUCAGUUCCACGGAGCUGUGUGUUACAGGAUGCCUUUAGGACCCUCACUGUCCUACACACUGUGAUAGUAAAGGAUCAGAUCAGGUCCCGGAGACUCUCUGAGCCUCGAGGGCCGAGGAUCAAUUAACACGGAUUACUUCUCCCUGUCUUGUGCACUGCCAGUGUUGACACUGCCUCCUCCUGUAGUGGAGUCAUCUGUGAUGAAGCUUUCAUAGUUUACACAGGGUGUUGUCAGUUGAGAUGCCUUAAGUAUUUAACAAUCAUAAUUUAUUACUAACUGUAGAUAUUGUGGGUAUGUAUUUAAUUUUAUAUAGUUUUUUUGAGGGAGGGGCAACUGAAUCAUAAUUUAUUUAUUUAGAAAUAACACAAAAACGCUAUGAAAAAAACUAUUACCUCAUUUUUGCAUUGUUUUAAAUGGGAAUGCUUUGCAUGCAGUUGUACUUUUUGGAACACUAAAAGUAAAAGAAAAAAAAGAUUUAGCCCUGCUGUUUGAUCUCCACAAGCUGGCUGUGCGAUGUUUACUGUCCAAGGCUGAGCUACUGAGCCCGCUCUCCGUCUCUUUCUCUCUGUCUUUCUCUCUCUCUCUCUCUCUCUCUCUCUCUCUCAUGUGGUGCUGUGGAUCUUGGUUACAUUCCAUUCAAUGCAAUUUCUCUGAUCCCCCAUGCUGUGAUGUAGUGGACAAACUGCAAUUGAAGUGAAUAGGUUUUAGUUUGUGACUUCUUUCUCUCUCUCUUUUUUUUGUUUUGCACUCACUUGUUUAAAUAUGGGAACCCUCUCACUGGCAAAAAAAAGUUUAGUUGUUUAGAUGAUUUAAACUAACUGGCUUUUUGUUUUUUAGUUGUUUUUUUUAAUGCUCUGCUUCUCACAAUGCACUAUGGGUCUUAAUGAAGCAUGUUCCUUCGCUUUAACUCUUUUGUAUCUCUCUUUAAUUUUCAUCUCUCUGGUGUUUCUCUUCAGUUCCUUUUUUCCAAAGUAGUGCGUAGAGUUAAGCAUAACAAGUGCCUCGCUUUAAGUGUUAGGAGAUAUUUCCAUAUUACUGAAACCAUGAACAACAAUCAAUCCAUGAAGCCACCAUGCCUUAUUGGUUGCAUAAUUAAAGAAAUGAACGGGGGACUGAAGGAGAGAAGACAACAUUUGACAGGAGUCUACAAAAAGCCAUUUUACUCUAAAGUUCAAACUGUCCAAACUAGCUGCUGGUCUGAAGCAUUAAAUGUAGUGGAAAUAGUUCCGACUAUAAAGAGGCAUGUUUCACUGUGGGCUUUCCAAAUACUACAGUAGUCUUUCUUCAGUUCACUCCUCUGUUCCGUUCUCCUUCUCCUGUUCUUUCCAUUUGUUCGAUUUUUACCGUCCGUCCCUCCCCUCCCAGUCUAUCCUCUGUUUCCUUUCACAGUCUAAAAAGGAAGGCAAGGACUUUAAAGCACAACCUUUUCUAAAAAUGCAUGUUUUCUCAGGUUUCAAUAUAGUCUCAAUGGUUUAAUAGUAUAUGGUGAAAAUAUAUACAAAGAAUAUAACAGAAAAAAAAAAUUUAAUUUUGUUGCUGCUUGAAUCUGAAAAACAAAACUGAAGAGAAAAUAUCCCAAAAAGUGCCAGUGAAAGGGCUGCCGCCAUCCUUGUAUGAAAAUCUGCUGUUUAGCUGUGACUGCGCAAUGUUUUUCAAUAUAGGAUAUUUUAUCUGAAAAUAGAACUAUUUAUCGUUAAUAUUAAAGCAAUAGCGCAUUAAUGGUGAUGAGUGUGUUGAUGAAGAAAUGGAUGAGCAUAUUAUGGGUAAAUGUUAGAUUCACAUUUGGUGGAAUUUUGUACUUUAUUUAUUAUUACUACUAAUAAUAAUGAUAAUGAUCUCAAAAGUUGCAUUGCUAAACCCAAACUGUUCUGUUUUGUUUUUUAAUUUUAAUUUGAUUUCAUGGCUUGUAUAUUAUCCUUUUAUAUGUGCUCUUUUUGUAAUAAACUGGACAAAAUGGAGAA